AUGUGUAUCAUUGCUCAUUUCAUUGAUAAUGAUUGGAAGUUACAUAAGAAAAUCAUUAAUUUUUGUCCUAUUACAAGUCAUAAAGGUGAUGCAAUUGGUCGAGCUAUUGAAACUUAUUUGCUAGAGUGGGGGCUAGAUAAGAUAUUAACCAUUACAGUUGACAAUGCUAGAUCAAAUGAUAUAGCCACUGCUUAUUUGAAAAAAAAGCUUGCAAAUUGGGGUGUCACUAUUUCUAAUUCUGAUUACCUUUAUAUGAGGUGUAUGGCACACAUAGUUAAUUUGGUUGUCAUGGAUGGCUUAAAAGAUGUUGGUGAGUCAGUGUUGAAAGUAAGGAAUGCAGUGAGAUACAUUAGGAGUUCUCUAGCUAGGUUGAAAAAGUUUAAGGAGUGUGUUGAAUAUGAACAAAUUGAUGGCAAAUCUUCUUUGUAUUUAGAUGUGUCAACUAUGUGGAAUUCAACUUACUUAAUGUUGAAUACAACUCAAAAAUAUGAAAGGGCAUUCGAGAGGUAUGAGUCACAAGAACCUAUGUUUAUGCUUGAAUUGGGAGAGAAUGGGGUGCCUGAUUUUCAUGAUUGGUCUGAGUGUAGGAAAAUGGCUGAAAUGUUUUCUCAUUUUUAUGAACUUACUUUGCAUAUUUCUAGUUCUCGGUAUGUCACAUCUAACAUGUUUUUUGGUGAGAUAAGUGACUUGGCUUUUAUCUUGAAUCAAUGGGUGGAUAACAUAGAUAUUGAGAUGAAAAUAUGGGGAACAAAAUGA